UUACGAGCACUUUUUUUUUUUGGGGUAUCUAUACUGUCAAAUAGAAAUCUCCAGUAAUGAGUGGAUCUUACCGGAAUGUUUAUGUAUAUGCCGUUAUUUAUUACUAACAGUUGACUUGGGUAAUUGCCUACUGUAGGGAUGCCACUAAAAAAAAAGAGUAAAAUAGAUUUAUUCAGUUCGUUAUUUUAUUAAUAAGUAUAAUAUCGAGGCGCAUUCUGAUCUUUUCAAGAAGUUUACAUGGGUAAUUUUCUUACGUCGCAGCUGUUCUGUAAACUAAUAAUAAAAUUCAGAAAAUACUUUUUUCGAAAACUAGAAUCGUUCCUGUGUUUACCCCUGAACAGCUUCCUACUGGUUUCCUAGAAAUCACAGUUUAUAAUUUACAUUACAAUAUCUAUGCAUUGAUUAAGUCGCCAUUUUUUUGACGUCUUAUACAUAGAGAUUGGCAAACCUAACAAACCGAGACUGCUUUUGUGCAUGUUUGGUAUAAAUAUUAACAAAUUUGUUACAGCAUGAGAAUGGUCGUUUAGGUUAGCUCCAUUAAAAAUACUUCAGAAUAUAGUGAAUGGUUGGUUAGGUCAGUAUACCUACAUUAAAAAUACUGUAAAAAAUUUUGAGGGUCGCUUAGGAAUUGCAAUGUUGUGUAGCAACCAGUUCACAUAAGUCCAUCCCAAGUCCUGAAUAGUUCCAAAGUUAUUGAAGAUUACCACAGUUCGCUGCUACUGGAGCAAUUUCAGUAGCAUAUAUUACAGGUUAAAACAGUGCAUGAAAGAUGUCCAUGUCGUCUUAUCAUAGACUUAUGUGGCGGAGAAAUUAUAGAAUAAUUGAGCUACAUUUAAAAUACUUUAAAAAAAAGUGUGGAAAGUUGAUUAGUUAGUAUAACUACACUAAAAAUACUGUGAACUCGUGUGAACGGUUGGUUAGGUCAGGAUAGCUACAUCUUAAAUUGGUAAUUUCUAAGCACCUGUUAAAAAUAUUUGACAGUAUUUUUAAAGUAGCUAUACUAAUCUAACUAACCAUUUAACAUAUUUUUGAAGUAUUUUUAAUGUAGCUAGCCUAACCUAAUUGACAAUCCUCAAUAUUUUACUUAAAUACUCCAAAACAUAAACACACGUACAAACACGGGAAAGCAAAAAAAUGACAACGACCCCAUCAUUGCACAGGUCCCGCACAGUUUGUGAUGGCAGGCAGAAGAAGCAUGGCCACUCCUGUCGUCGUGGAUCACGACGGGAGGUGCAACAUUUCCAAUCCUCAGUUGCACAUGGACGAGGCUUGCCUGAACAUUGUUUCAAAAGCCAGUGAUGAUCUUCAGUUGUGGGCGCUCGGAUCUGAAUGUGAAAAGUGUCCAUACGUCAAUUCAGGAAUUGUGCAAGCAAACACAACUACAACAGUAAUUGUGAGAUCAACAUUUUCUGUGAGUUUGUACCUGUCCAAUGGCUCUCAUAAUGUUUGUGAGUAAGUAUUAGCUUUGGCAUUAUUGUUCGAUUUUCAAAAAUGUUAAGUAAGUAAUUGUGAGGUCAACAUUUUCUGUGAGUUUGUACCUGUCCAAUGGCUCUCAUAAUGUUUGUGAUGAAAGAAACGAAGUGUUUAAUGAGUAUGGACACUAUCGUUGGAAUGUGUCAAAAGACGACUGCUCUGGGAUUUACGGCACCAACGUGCCAUUGGUUCCAUUUUUACCUCUUGUAAUUCUGUUCAACACUAUCAUUCUGCUCCAAGUCAUAUAUGUUCUAUCCAAGCUCUUUUACCACUCGGAGUGGUUAAUGCGCUUGAGGCAGAAGAAUGUACCCUUCUCAGAACUGGAGAAUGAUUUGGGCACUCCAAGCCCGUCAGAUGGCCCUACCCUCGUCAGGUCUGAAAUGAUGACUUCAAGGAAACACAAUUCACGAAUGAAGUCACUUGAUGAGUUUCGUGGACUUUGCAUAGUCCUCAUGAUAUUUGUCAAUUACGGCGGAGGACAGUACUGGUUUUUUAAGCAUUCAGCGUGGAAUGGUCUUACAGUUGCUGAUCUAGUGUUUCCUUGGUUUCUUUGGGUCAUGGGUGUGAGCAUGGCGCUGUCCCUGCGCUCCCAGCUGCGCACGUCUGUGAGUCGCUGGAAGAUCUUCAGGAAGGUGGCGCUGCGGUCCGUGGUCCUGGUGAUGCUGGGCGUGGUGCUGAACUCCAAGGGCGAGACGAGCGUCGACCUCAGCACCUUGCGGCUGCCGGGAGUGCUGCAGCGCAUCGGGCUCACCUACUUCAUCGUGGCCACCAUCGAGACAGUCUUCAUGAAGAGGCAGGUUUUCUUCGAGUACGGGCCGUGGCUGGCGGUCCAGGACCUGCUGGAGAGCUGGCUGCAGUGGCUGGUGGUGCUGCUGCUAGUGGCACUGCACUGCCUCGUCACCUUCCUGCUGCCCGUGGAGGGCUGCCCCACGGGCUACCUGGGGCCCGGCGGCGUGCACGACCACGGCUCCGCCCCCAACUGCACGGGGGGAGCUGCCGGCCUCGUGGACCGCGUGCUCUUCACCCCGGGCCACCUCUACCAGCGCCCCACCUGCCGGCCCGUCUACCAGACCACCGUGCCCUACGACCCGGAAGGUCUCUUGGGAACACUAACAUCUGUAUUGAUUGUGUAUUUGGGAGUUCAUGCAGGACGAAUAGCUUUGUGCUACCACUACACCUUCUCCCGUGUUAUUCGUUGGAUGGGCUGGGCUCUUUUAACGGGCCUGAUUGCUGGUGGCUUGUGUGAUUUCUCUCUGAGUGAUGGCGUCAUCCCAGUCAAUAAGAACCUCUGGUCUCUGUCCUUCGUUCUUGCCACUGCUAGCAUCGCCUUCAUGCUUUUAACCAUUUUAUACAUCCAGAUUGAUGUAAGAAACAACCAGUCGAUUUAUCAAGGUCUCCUCAGGCAUGAACGCCAUCCUCCUGUACGUGGGCCACGAGAUCACGAGGAACAUGUUCCCGUGGAGCUGGCAGCCGCGCUUCCACACCCACGCCGAGUACCUGCUCAUGAACCUGUGGGGCGCCUUCUUGUGGCUGCUGGUGGCGUUCGUGCUGCACAAGAGGAACAUCUUCCUCUCCGUCUGACGCACCCGACCCCCUUCCCGCCCACACCUUGCUGUGAUAACAUGUACGCCUAUUCUCAGAUGUUGUUCUUGUUUGUCGAGUCCUUUUUUUUUUUUACUAAGAAAACCCUGCAGGAGAAUAAUACUCACUUACUGAUGCAGUUUUAAAAGGUUUCUGCAUGUUCCUGCAGAUUUUAUUUUUUUUCCCCUUCAUUAAAUGAGCAUUUCUUUUUUUUUAAAUGCAUUUAAUAUUAUUAGUCAUGUAAUGUAACUUGGAAGUUUCACUUGGUAAACAUAGUUUUUAAGUGUUAAGUUAUAUUUUAAUUUUUGCUUUAGCAUUCAUGGUAUUCAUGUAUGUUUGCAUUUAUAUGCGCUAUCAAAUUUUUAUUGGUAGUUAUAAUUUUCAUAAUAAAAGACCUAAAAUUUAAAUAAAUAUAUAUAUACUAUAUUUUUAAGAUGUUUAAAUGUAUGUAUUUUUUUGGAUAAAAUUAGUAUGAUUUUUGCUUGACUUGUAUUUUAAUGCAGAUCAUGUAAUUUAUGAUUUUAUAUUGGAAUGAUUUAUUGAGUUUUAAAGAUCAUGGUGGUGAGGGAUUUUCAAAUUUUCUGUAAAGUUUUAUGUAUGUUAAGUUUAUACAUCAGUGUGUUUUGUUUUACUGUUUUUGUUGGCUGCAGUAGGUUUAUAAAUGUGCAAAUCCUUGAUUUAAAGUUGCGAUUUUGUUUACAGAUUUUGUUUGAAAUCAUUUUCAUGAUUUUAUCAUUGUGUUAACAGUUAUUCUUGUUUGAUUUCUUGCAAUAAUUUUUUAUCAGACAUGAGUUAGCAGGUUUGACUUAUUUAUAUUAUAUAUAUCCAGUUAUUUCAUAAGAAUAAAUAUUUUUUUCACAUUAUCAUAACAUGCUGGCAGCACAUUGUCUGGUAUAUGAAGGUAAUAAUUUUUGUCAUUUUGUAGCCUCUGAAAUUAUGCAAAAGGAAAACAAGUUUUCAUUUGUAGUGGCCUUUGUCACCGAAAGCACAGAGAAGCUUGUGUCAUAUAAUUGCAGUACUUAAUUUGCCUUCUAUACUUGUCUUCUGGAAGCUGAACUUAACGAACACAUGAAUGAAUGUGGUUUUUGUGGAUUUAGAAAAGCUGGUACUCGAAGUACAUAGGUGUUUGAAUUAGCUGCAGUUAAAAUUAUGUAAUUAUACACAUAAUUUUUUUGUACUUGCUGUAAAUUUCAUGAUCAAAAAACAUUGCCAUUUGUUUGUUUUACAUACCAAUAAGUUAAGUAUUCCCAAUUCAAAUUUUGUUCAAAAUAUUGUAGCCAACUAAACAGAUUUUUAUAUUAGGGUAUACCUAUUUUCAUAUUGUGUAAGUGCACAAGUAUGCUACUUAAGAUGAAAAUGUUUAGAUAUGUAAGGAAUUUAUUAUGAAUAAAAAGAUCUUUUAUUUACAUAUUUCUACAGUGAUAGUAAGAAAACCCAUUUACCUAAAAACAAUAUACUCCUGAUUAUGCUAUUAACUUAAUUGUAUAAAUAGAAACCAACUUAACAUAAAUUACCGAAUUCAUGUAAGAAAACAUAAUAAAGCAAAUUAACAUAA